AUGACUGAUAUUUGCAACAUUGUUUAUAUUUAUUUUUCAGGUCAAACUAAAGAGGCUGCUCGUGCGGAAUAUGUGGAAUUUGCUGAAGAGAUGAUUCUGUGGAGUGUAGACUAUUGA